GCCCGCCGCGGCCGCCGGGGGCCGCCCGCCCCGCCGAGCCGGCGCCGGGGCCGGGGCGGAGCCGUGCGGACGGGCCGGGCCGAGCCGAGCCGGGCCAAGCCGAGCCGAGCCGGAAGAUGGCGAACGUGCAGCUGGAGUUCCAGGCCAGCGCCGGCGAGGCGGACCCGCAGAGCCGCCCGCUGCUCGUCCUGGGGCAGCUCCACAACCUCCACCGCCUGCCCUGGGCCCAGCUGCGGGGCAAGCUGCAGCCGCGGGUCACCGAAGAGAUAUGGCAGUCGGCUUUAAGCACUCUGAAUCCAAACCCCACCGACAGCUGUCCUCUCUACCUGAAUUACGCCACUGUGGCCGCUUUGCCUUCCAGGGUCAGCCGACACAACAGUCCAUCUGCAGCUCAGUUCAUCACCCGCCUGGUUAGAAAUUGCCUUCCAGGAGGUGUCAAUAGAUGUAUUGUUAUGGUCUGCGAGCGGUCUGAAGUCUUCGCUUCUGCCUGUGCGUUGGCCAGGGCUUUCCCAUUGUUCACACAUCGGUCCAGCGCAUCAAGACGCACAGAGAAGAAAACUGUCACGGUAGAGUUUUUCCUCGUUGGACAAAACAAUGGACCAAUAGAAGUGGCAACACUUAAAUGCCUGGCAAGUGCUACAGAAGGAGUCAGGCUGGCUGCUCGAAUUGUGGACACCCCAUGCAAUGAGAUGAACACAGAUACCUUCCUGGAGGAAAUCAAAAAAGUUGGCAAGGAUCUUGGGAUUACUCCUACCAUUAUUCGAGAUGAGGAGCUGAAAGAGAGAGGCUUUGGAGGUAUCUAUGGAGUUGGCAAGGCAGCUCUGCAUCCUCCAGCUCUAGCGGUUCUCAGUCACACUCCAGACGGUGCUACACAGACCAUUGCAUGGGUGGGCAAAGGUAUUGUGUAUGACACUGGAGGACUCAGCAUUAAGGGAAAGACUACUAUGCCUGGAAUGAAACGAGACUGUGGUGGAGCAGCUGCUAUUUUGGGUGCCUUCAAAGCCACUGUAAAGCAAGGUUUUAAAGACAAUCUUCAUGCUGUUUUUUGUUUGGCUGAGAAUGCAGUCGGACCACGUGCAACAAGACCUGAUGACAUUCAUGUUCUUUACUCUGGAAAAACUGUGGAAAUCAAUAACACUGAUGCAGAAGGUAGACUGAUACUGGCUGAUGGAGUAGCUUAUGCGUGCAAAGAUCUUGGAGCUGAUAUCAUUCUUGAUAUGGCCACUCUUACUGGAGCUCAGGGAGUUGCUACAGGGAAGUAUCAUGCUGCUGUCCUUACCAAUAAUGAAGAGUGGGAAAAGGCUUGCGUUAAAGCUGGCAGGAACUGCGGAGACUUGGUCCAUCCUCUUGUGUAUUGCCCUGAGCUCCACUUCAGUGAAUUUACCUCUGCUGUAGCUGAUAUGAAGAACUCUGUGGCAGACCGAGACAAUACUCCAAGCUCCUGUGCUGGGCUCUUCAUUGCUUCUCACAUUGGCUUUGACUGGCCUGGAGUCUGGGUCCACAUAGACAUUGCUGCACCUGUUCAUGCAGGUGAACGAGCUACUGGCUAUGGCGUGGCUUUGUUGCUGUCCCUGUUUGGAGGGGCAUCUGAAGACCCUUUGCUAAACAUGGUGUCCCCUCUAGGUUGCAACGGAGACUCUCCCACUGAGGACAUGGAGAGGGAUUCCAAAAGGCGGCGCCUGGUUUAACGCGCCCCAGCCCAAAGUGACGGGGUGCAUGGGUUACCUCACUUUGCACUGAUUCAUUCUCAAGCAAUGAAAAUGUCACACAUCAGAAAUUGCCAUUUUUUUUUACUAUCAUCAUAAGAUUUAUUACUUGUUUCUGAUAAAAACAGCCAGAUUUCUUUUUUUUUUUUUUUUUGUUCUUAAAUUAUUGGUGCACACAGUUGCUGAACAGUAUCACUGGUGCAGAGUCCAGGCUCAACUAACUGUAUCAGGAAGAGGGCACAUCCUCUGAGCUCCUCACAAAACCUAAGUGCAUUAAUGCAUGGGAAGCUCUCUCUAGUCUGAAGAAGCAACUGCAGCUAUUGCUUACAAAGCCUUCUGAAUUACUUACCAUAUUGAGGUUUUAUCAGACGUUUCUACAGGCCCCACUACAUCUCCAAACACAGGACAAGGGAAAAAAACUCUGUAGACUUGGCUUAUUCAGUGAUGGUUUAGCAUAGCAGCGAAGGGGAUGUAAUGAGAAAGGGCCUAUAGUUUUAAUAAGGUGCUGUUUCCGCAUGUUUAAUGUUUUUCUGACCAGUAAAGUCAGCAAGAAUGGUCCAGAACAUAUCUCUACAUAAAUCUUUCACAUACAAAUUACAGAAUGUAUUCAUGUUAAAUGAGGAAAAAAAUAGAGGGACUGUGAUUAAGUAAAAUCGGUUUACAAAGCAGAGUGGCUUCUUGCCACUUAAUAAAUUUAUUAUUAUUAAAGCAGCUUACGUAUCCCA